GACAUCCCAGCAAGAGCCCCAGGAAACUGAGAAUAUCCUUGGGACAAAUCAAUUCUAAAAUCUUUACACAUAGACUUAAAGAAGUUUGAGAAACUGGAUGCUUUUGCAGCAAAGUUGCCAUCUACAGGAUCCUUGGAUGAUUUAACAAAGCAACUAAUACAUGGUGUUAAUACAGACUUGGAGAGAGUCCGGGCUAUCUGGAUAUGGAUAUGCCAUCAUAUAGAAUAUGACAUAAUAGGCUAUAAAAAUACAGCCAUGAGAUCAACUGAUCCUGAAGAAAUCCUUAGGAGUGGAAAAGGUGUUUGUGCUGGAUACUCCAGUUUGUUUCAGGAUAUGUGCAGCCGUGCAGGUGUAACAUGCAAAACAGUCAAUGGCUAUGGAAAAGGGGCAGGAUACCAAGUGGGACAGAAAAUACCUAAUAGCUCCAAUCAUGCAUGGAACAUGGUUUACCUGGAAGGGAGAUGGCAUCUACUGGACAGUACAUGGGGAGCUGGCAGUACUGAGAUAAAUAGAAACAAGUUCAAAUUUAAGUAUAAUGAAUAUUAUUUUUUGACCCACCCCGCUCUUUUUAUUGGAAACCACUAUCCAGAUGAGAAAGAACACCAAUUACUGGAGCCAAAGGUGUCUCGAGGACAAUUUGAAAAAUUUGUGUUUCUCAAAGGAGAUUUCUAUAACAUGGGCCUUUUAUCUGUACAACCAGAAACAGGAAUUAUAAAUUCAGAAAAUGGAAAAGUUUCUAUUGCCAUUCAAAGUCGACAAAAUACUGAGUUUACCUUUGAUGUCAAUGGAGCUAAGCACGGAAUAAUGAAAUUGCUAAAAUGUGGAAUGAAGCUCGAUGUUUACCUUCAGAAGACUGGAGAACAUGAGCUACAAAUAUAUGCUAAGGGGUCAAACUCUACAAACACAUUUAAUUGGGUUCUAAGCUAUAAAAUACUUUGUCAGGCUGUAGACACCAUCAUGGAAAUCCCCAAAUGUCUAUACAAUCCUGUUGGUCCAAGCUGGGUGACUGAAGAGGCCGGACUUGAGGAGCCAUCACACCCUGAGCCAGUCAUUCAUACAGCGGACGGAUUCUGCACCAUCAGCUUUAAAACCACCAAGGACUUGAAGUUUUUAUGUAGUUUACACUCUGAUGAAAUACAAAUAACAUCAGAUAUGGCGAGUCAAUAUGUCUUCCUACUCCAAACAAAGGACAAUGCAGAAAUGAAGGUCCGUCUUCCACGCUCAGGAACAUAUGUUCUGCAGAUUUUUUAUAAACAGGAGGGUAGUACAGGUUCUUACAGCUACCUAUGUAACUAUCUCAUCAUUUGUACCAACCCUUCUGUAAAGUGGCCUGUUUUCCCUAUGGCUUAUAGUGCAUGGGGCCAACACUUUGAUCUAGUCCAUCCUCUAGAAGGAGUUCUUCCAAAAAACAGCAAUGUCUCCUUUAAGCUUCAGAUUCCCGAUGUGACUGACGUACGUAUAAAGGGGGAACAAUACGUUCCCCUAACACUGACUGACAGUGGUUAUUGGGAAGGGACCUGCAGUACAGCGGGUAGGAAAGAACUUGCUGUCAUGAUCCCAUCUAAUGAACCUAAUAGUUGGCAGUACAUCCUAAAAUAUGAAGUAAGUAAGUAAACUCAAUGUAUUAUUAUGUUU